UGCUCUCUUUAAGAGGAGGCUUUCCCACUGUCUGAAAACAGUCUCAGAGGAGACAGCUAUUCAAACGGACGGGAUCUCUCUCUUUACCUCGUGAACGUCAACAACAAGACUCAGCCAUGGCUCGUCUGGAUCAGGUCAUCACAAACAUAGUGGAUGUUUUCAUGGAGUAUGCUGAUGAUGAAGGCAAGAAAGGCCAGCUAAACAAAGAAGAGCUCAAGAAGGUGUUGGAGAAAGAAAUACAGAGCCCGGAGUUAAAAGGUAAUAUUAACGCUGAUGACGUUGAGGAGGCCAUGAAGUUGCUGGAUAAAAACCAUGAUGGGGAGAUCAACUUCCGAGAGUUUUGUCGUUGUGUGUGUGACCUCGCCAAGUGCUACUAUCAAAAGAAAAAAGGCAAAGGUUGCAAGAAAAGUAAAGGCAAAGAGCAGGAAGAUGAAGAAGACUAACAACAAAGCCUUCAAAUAUGUCUUCAAAAAUGGCAAAUACAUGCUGACGGUACUGUUGAUAUUUGUGUUGUGAACCUGCAUGCAAACUGUACAUUUCUUUCUUUCUUUCUUUCUCUGUAUAGUGGUUUUCAAAGAAGUCUCCUUUCAUAACUUAAUGAGAUUAAUAAAAUCUGUGAAGUUAAA